CUUGCCUUUUGGGAGGUCUGAGGUCUUCUGCCAGCGUUCGGUGGGUGUUCUAUAGGAGAAGUUCCACGUGUAGCUGUAUUUCUGAUGUAUCUGUGAGGAGAAAAAAUGCUGCCCUGUGCGCACCGCGGCGGCACGGGCACCCUCCCCUUCCGGGCAUGAGGCGCUGUGAGGAAAGCAGAAGCGAGCGGACUCCACGGGCAGCGAGGCGCUGCCCCAGCCCAGCCUCCAUCGCCGUCGGCGCUCCCGUCGUGUGGGCCUGGGUUCCUCAGCACACGCAGCUCCAGCAGCCCCAGAGCCUGUCCCCAGUCCUUCAGAAGCCCCGGCGCCAGCCCGGGCCCUUGGCGGGGAGGAUGACGGAGCUGCAGUCUGCAGUGCUACUGCAAAGACACAUGGCAGAACUCAACAAAAAUCCAGUGGAAGGCUUUUCAGCAGGUUGAAUACAUGACGAUGAUCUCUAUCGAUGGAAAGUCAUUAUUGGUCCUCCAGAUACACUUUAUGAAGGCGGUGUUUUUCAGGCUCAUCUCACUUUCCCAAAAGAUUAUCCCCUUACGCCUCCUAAAAUGAAAUUCAUUACAAAAAUCUGGCACCCAAAUGUUGAUAAAAAUGGUGAUGCAUGCAUUUCUAUUCUUCACGAGCCAGGGGAAGAUAAAUAUGCCUAUGAAAAGCCAGAGGAACACUGGCUGCCUAUUCACACCGUGGAAACCGUCAUGAUUAGUGUCAUUUCUAUGCUGCCAGAUCCUAAUGGAGACUCACCUGCUAAUGUUGAUGGGGCAAAAGAAUGGAGGGAAGACAGAAAUGGAGAAUUCAAAAGGAAGGUUGCCCGCUGUGUAAGAAAAAGCAAGAGGCUGCUUUUGAGUGACAUUUAUUCAACAGCUGUAACAUCACUCACGUCAGGGUCUCCGAUUGAGAAACAUGGCACUGUAUUUCCUGCAGUCUACCCACCUAUUGCUGGACUUCUGUUGUAACAAUUUGGCAAACACUGGCUGGAACUGGGCUGCAAUAAAACAUGUCAGUAUCAAUGCUGAUAAGAGCCCAACAAGUGCCAACUUACAGAUGAUUACGCAUUUUGAGUUCUAAAGAACUGUUUUAACCUUCAGGAAGAAUUGUAAAGACCUGUACAUAGCACAACAUGAUCCGGAAAAUGUAUAUACUGUUCAUGUACAUCCACAAACACACCUUGUACCCAAUAAUGCUUUCUUGUA